GUGGUUUGCCAAGCCUUCAACAAUGCAGCCUUGAUCGUGCACACAGGGGAUCUAGCUACUCGUACAGCGCGCGAUUGGCAUGGACAUGCUUACAAAAAUAAAACUUAACACCGAACAUGCCAUUUUGUUAUCAACUUGUAUAACGCGAAAUAUGUUUUGAAGCUGAUUGAAGUAUAUAUAUUUUUUACAUUUUGGAGCCUCAUACCGGGUUUUGACAUUUGGAGGCCUUUCGCUCUUCGGCAGACCCACUCGGACCCAGAUAAUGGGCACAACCUGGGCAGGAGCGGCCGACCGAUGAUGACACUCUGCUGCACUGUGACCAGCCAUGCUCUCGUCCAAGGCGUUUCUCAGAAGGGGCUCCCCUCUCCGACACUGUGCUUACAUAGGCCAGGAAUACAACCACAUCAUACAAAAGGAAUGAUGGCAUGGACUUGUCUGAACUAUGGCACACCUGCAGGAUAAAGGUGAGGUCCCCCGACAUCUGAUACCAAAAGCAAAACCAAGAUCAAGUAGAUCUACAUUUUAUAAGGAAAAAACAAGUCGAUGAACAACUGAUGGUUUAGCGUCCACACUUUCACCAUGUUGACGAGGUUGCACCAUGGCUGCUGAUUCCCGUAGACUAGUAGACUCUUCGGUGCGGCACUGAGCCCAGUGACCCUAACCCAUGAUGCAGCGUAACGGUGGCGGGGUGGGGGCUGGUGGCCAGCCGUGGGUGCUGCGGCGCGUGCGCCUCACCUGGCUCAGCUUCAUGCUCUUCUUCAUCCUGGUCUUCUUCCCGCUCAUUGCCCACUACUACCUCACCACCAUCGACGAGGCAGGCGGCCCCGACAAGCGCAUCUUCGGCCCUCGGCCCGGCGGUGAGCUGUGCGAAGCCAAGCACGUGCAGGACCUGUGCCGCAUCCGCGAGUCGGUCAGCGAGGAGCUGCUUCAGCUGGAGGCCAAGCGGCAGGAGCUGAACGGGGAGAUCGUCCGACUCAACCUGCGUAUCGAAGCGUGCAAGCGUAGUAUCGACAGUGCCAAGCAGGACCUGCUGCAGUUGAAGAACGUCAUCAGCCAGACGGAGCACUCAUACAAGGAGCUGAUGGCCCAGAACCAGCCCAAGCUCUCGCUUCCCGUGAGGUUAUUACCUGACAAGGAUGACCCAGGACUACCCCCGCCCAAGUCUGCCCACGUCUGCCGCCUGCGCUCCUGCUUCGACUACGCCCGCUGCCCGUUGACCUCUGGCUUCCCUGUGUACGUCUACGACACGGCCUCCUACCCCUGGGGUGAGUCCCUGGACCCACUGGUCAGGCAGGCCUUCGCCACCUCGGUGAAGAGCAGCAUCUACGUGACGGACAACCCCAGCAUCGCCUGUCUGUAUGUGGUGCUGGUGGGGGAGCUGCAGGAGUCUCCUUCCUCCCCCCUCCCGGCCCCCUCAGCGCUGGAGAAGCAGCUGAAGGCUCUGCCGUACUGGAGGUCUGACGGACACAACCAUCUCCUGGUCCACCUUUCCAGGAAGUCCAUGACACAGAACUUCCUGUACAAUGUGAGCACGGGCCGGGCGGCAGUGGCCCAGUCCACCUUUCUUGAACAGCAGUACCGCGAGGGCUUUGACCUGGUGGUGUCCCCACUGGUCCAUGCCCUCUCUGAGCCCAACUUCCUGGAGGUGCCGCCCCAGGUGCCCGUCAAGAGGAAGUACCUGUUUACCUUCCAGGGCGAGAGGGUGGAGUCUCUGAGGAGCAGCCUGCAGGAGGGGCCGCCUCAGUCCUUUGAGGAGGAGAUGGAGGGAGACCCGCCAGCCGACUACGACGAUCGCAUCAUCGGAACGCUUAAGGCAGUGCAGGACAGCCGCCUGGACCGGGUGCUGGUGGAGUUCACCUGUAAGAGCCCGCAGCCCAGCCUGCCCACAGAGUGGGCCCUGUGUGGGGAGAGGGAGGAGCGGCUAGAGGUCCUUAAGGCCUCCACCUUUGCCUUGGUCAUCUCCCCCGGGGACGGUCAACUGAUGGCCUCAGCGGGCAAUGGCAUGAGGCUGUUUGAGGCCCUGGAGGUGGGGGCCAUCCCUGUGGUACUGGGGGACCAUGCCAAGCUGCCCUACCAUCAGCUGGUCCACUGGAGCGAGGCGGCCAUUAUGGUGCCCAAGCCCCGCAUCACCGAGCUGCACUUCCUGCUACGCAGCCUAUCAGACAAUGACCUGCUGGCCAUGCGGCGACAGGGCCGCUUCCUGUGGGAAACCUACUUCUCUACCUCAGAGAACGUCCUGGGCACAAUUCUGGCUAGCGUCCGGACCCGCAUCCAGGUGCCCCCAGCGCCCAUCCACGAGGAGCCCGCCCAGGAGAUCCCCCACAAGGCGGGCAAGAUGGCGGGCACGGAUGCUAACAUGGGCGACAAUGGCGACCUGGACCUGGGUCCCGUGGAGACGGAGCCACCCUACGCCUCACCACGCUUCCUUCGAAACUUCACCUACACAGCAUCCGACACCUACCAGACCUGGAACCGCGCCCCGGGGCCUUUCCACCUCUUCCCUCACACGCCGCUGGACCCGGUGCUGCCCUCGGAGGCCAAGUUCCUGGGUUCGGGCACGGGCUUCCGCCCCAUUGGCAGUGGCACGGGUGGCUCGGGGAAGGAGUUUCAGGCAGCGCUGGGUGGGAAUGUGCCCCGGGAGCAAUUCACCGUGGUCAUGCUGACCUAUGAGAGGGAGGAGGUUCUGAUGAACUCCCUGGAGAGGCUCAACGGGCUGCCUUACCUCAACAAGGUGGUGGUGGUGUGGAACUCCCCCAAGCCUCCUUCAGAUGACCUGCUGUGGCCAGACAUCGGCCUGCCCAUCGUGGUGGUGCGCACGGAGAAGAACAGCCUCAACAACCGGUUCCUGCCCUGGGACGUCGUGGAGACAGAAGCCAUCUUGUCCAUCGACGACGACGCCCACCUCCGCCACGACGAGAUCAUGUUCGGGUUCAGAGUGUGGAGGGAGGCCAGGGACCGCAUCGUGGGCUUCCCUGGGAGGUUCCAUGCCUGGGACGUCAACCACCAGUCAUGGCUCUAUAACUCGAACUACUCCUGUGAACUGUCCAUGGUACUGACGGGCGCCGCCUUCUUUCACAAGUACUACGCGUACCUGUACUCGUACGUGAUGCCCCAGGCCAUCCGCGACAUGGUGGAUGAGUACAUCAACUGUGAGGACAUCGCCAUGAACUUCCUGGUGUCGCAUAUCACCCGCAAGCCCCCUAUCAAGGUGACGUCUCGUUGGACCUUCCGCUGCCCCGGCUGCCCGCAGGCCCUGUCGCAUGACGACUCUCACUUCCACGAGCGCCACAAGUGCAUCAACUUCUUUGUCAAGGUGUACGGCUACAUGCCCUUACUCUACACGCAGUUCCGCGUGGACUCUGUGCUCUUCAAGACGCGUCUGCCCCACGACAAGACUAAGUGCUUCAAGUUCAUCUAGCCCAGUGCUAUGGCCCCGCUAAGAACGUUGGGCAGAACAGAGCUAGAGACUGAGGAACUCAGGCAGGACGGAAGAGAGAGCAGACAGGACUGGUUCUGAGAAAGAGGGAGGUUUUGGGAUGAGGGCUUAAACCCAGGAAUGGAUCUAGGAUGAAUGAGACAGACCACACCUUCACUGGAAGCUGAGAAGAACCUCUGCCAAUCAUUUCUUUUAACGUAAUUGUAUUCUUCAUCAUGUCGUUCAUGUGUGUUACAUCAUCAACUACUACAGAUUUCAUUUGGCUUGUUAUGGGCCUGCAGAGAGAAAGAGGAGAGGACGCUGGCAACACUGCCUGUCCAAGGACAGUGACUUAACUUGACUCUGCAAGACAAACUCAAACUGGCAUUGUAAACGGACUGGUUUUAAACUGACACAGGGAGAGAAUGAGACAGUGGACUGUCACGUGGGCCAGCCCUGAGCUCCUGAAUUACUAGCUAGACAACGGACUGGUUUUAAACUGACACAGGGAGAGAAUGAGACAGUGGACUGUCACGUGGGCCAGCCCUGAGCUCCUGAAUUGCUAGCUAGACAACGGACUGGUUUUAAACUGACACAGGGAGAGAAUGAGACAGUGGACUGUCACGUGGGCCAGCCCUGAGCUCCUGAAUUGCUAGCUAGACAACGGACUGGUUUUAAACUGACACAGGGAGAGAAUGAGACAGUGGACUGUCACGUGGGCCAACCCUGAGCUCCUGAAUUGCUAGCUAGACAACGGACUGGUUUUAAACUGACACAGGGAGAGAAUGAGACAGUGGACUGUCACGUGGGCCAGCCCUGAGCUCCUGAAUUGCUAGCUAGACAUUUCACCCUUUGAGAGAGAAACAAAGGCAUACCAUUUGUCAUUGCACAAAUUGUUUUGUUUUUUGUCGUUUAUUUUAUAUUUGUAAACUAAUUUGACAUGUAUUUACUCUACUCUUGUAUAUGAAACCGUGAGAGAAGCACUGAAGGUCGCAGAAGUAUUCUAUUCAAUGAUCUUUUUUCCAUGGUGUUUAGUAGUGUAAAUCUCCAUGUGGGAUGGUCAGUCAUCACCAGAACCUCUUGUUAUUAGCUGACCCAUAGAAUCACUAGAACGGGUAAAGGUCCUCAGACCAUGUCAAUUUCACAGUAUAUUAUAUUUCUAUGGGCAGACCUAAACUAAGCUAGAAAGUGGUCUUUGUCAUUCUGUCUUUAAAUGACCUCAGAUGGAGACUACAGGACCAUUAUGCCACAAGUUUACCAGAAAAAAUCUGUAAAAUAUUCAUAGGAAACUGUAUUAGUUGGAAUCCCAUUACCUAACACAUUCAUUAAGCCUACAGCAGACUACAUUGGUGUAAAGUCAGACCUUGGCUUUUUUCUGACUUUUUGGAUGUUAGUGAUAUUGGUCUACCAAUGGUUAUUGUUAAAUGUCUGAGUAGUCCUAAUUAAGUGUUCAGUAAUGGAGUAGGGUGACGUUGCCCCUAGAUGCCUAUCUUGGGUCAGUUUUUAAUUUCUCCCACUAAUGGUUAAUGUUAGGAUUGGGGAGGGGAAUCUGAUUCCAGAUCUGGACUUAGGGGAAACUUCCCGCAGGAGCAUCAAUUGUACAAGGAAUUGAAAAAUAAGCUUAUUUCGGCUCUGAAGAUGUUUUGGUGUUUCUGUCUCUCAUCAUCAUGGUCCAAUCAUGUCGAAGGUUACAGUUUCAUUCAGUUUGAACCUUCAAAAGGAGCUUCUUCUCUGUACAGCGUCUCCAUGUCGGUCCCUCAAGUUUCAUUUCAUAACGAUUUCAUGCUCAAUUAAUGUUUUUUUUUUGCCAAAUAGGUACGAUGUUAUAUGCUGAAAAACAGCACAAUGUUUUGUAAAGUGCACAAUGCAGUCUGGUACCCCCCCCCGUUAGACGGUACUCUUCCACCUUGGCCACCCCCAUCCCCCCCAAAAAUAGGUCCCUCGGCUAUGAAAAUGGCAGCGCCCGCCCUUGUACUAUGCAGCCCUUAUUACUUAAUGUACUUUGACCUUUCCUGGCUUCAUUCCAUUCAUUUGACUGGAUGAUAUAAACUAACAAUGCAUCCUUUAUUUCAGAUGAUUCAGAAGAGAUGACAACACUGUUGAUCAGAAAAUAGGAUUGGUCUUACUCUGGGAGGCUACUUUUCUAGAACUCAACAUUAUCGCCCCACAUAUACUUUCUGUAUAUUUAUUUAAUUGAAUAUAUUAAAUGGAUCUUCUAAGGCUUGCUUCUAAAGGGGUUUGUGAAUAGAAAUGACUGCAAUAAAAUGGAAUGUGAUCUUGGUCAUUAGCUCUCAGACAACGGAACCUGCUCCCCUGACUGACCCGGCAUUACAACACUAACUAACGAAAACCAAAUCAAGUGUUAUUUGUGACAUGCUUUGUAAAGAACUGGUGUAGUCUAACAGUGAAAUGCUUACUUACCCUUCCCAACAAUGUAGAGAGAACGAUAAUAACACAAGGAAUAAAUCCACAAUGAGUAAAGAUAACUUGGCUUUAUACACGGGGCACCAGUACGGAGUCGAUGUGCAGGGGAACGAGGUAAUUCAGGUAGAUAUGUACAUAUAGGUAGGGGUUAAGUGACUUGGCAAUAGGAUAGAUAAUAAGCACUAGCAGUAGUGUAUGUGAUGAGUCAAGAGUUGAUGCAUAAGGGGGUCAGUGCAGAUAGUUUGGGUAGCUAUUUGGUUCACUAUUUAGCAAUCUUAAGGUUUGGGGGUAGAAGCUGUUCAGGGUUCUAUUGGUUUCAGACUUGGUGCAUAGGUACCGCUUGUCUAUGACUUGGGUGGCUGGAGUCUGACAAUUUUUUAGGGCCUUUCUCUGACACCACCUGUUAUUGAAGUCUGGGAUGGCAGGAAGUUCAGCCCCAGUGAUAUACUGGGCCUCACGCAAUGUAGCGCCUUGCGGUAUGAUGCAGCCAGUCAAGAUGGUGCAGCUGUAGAACUUCAUGAGGAUCCGAGGGCCCAUGCCAAAUCUUUUCAUCCUCCUGAGGGGGAAGAGGUGUUGUCAUGCCUUCUUCACGACUGUGUUGGUGUGUUUGGACCAUGUUAAUUCCUUAGUGAUGUGGAUGCCGAGGAACGAGACACUCUCAACCCGCUUCACUACAGCCGAGUGCUACGGGUCGAUAGUGAUUUAGACGGGUUACCUUGGCAUUCUUGGACACAGGGUCUAUGGUGGUCUGCUUGAAACAUGUAGGUAUUACAGACUGGGUCCUGGAGAGGUUGAAAAUGUUUGAAGACACUUGCCAGCUGAUCAGAGCAUGCUCUUUGUUCCUGUCCUGUGAACCCAUCUGACCCCGCGGUGAAUGUUAAUCUGUUUUAAAGGUCUUACUCACAUCGGCUAUGGCGAGCGAAAUCAAACAGUCGUCCAGAACAGCUGGUGCUCUCGUGCAUUCCUCUAGGCGAGCAUUUCGCUCGUCUGGUAGACUUCCGUCACUAGGCAGCUCAUGAAUGGGUUUCCCUUUGUAAUCCUUGAUCGUUUGCAAGCUCUGCCACAUCUGAGUGUCAGAACCGGUGUUGUAGGAUUAGAUUUUAGUCUGUAUUGAGGCUUUGCCUGGUUGACGGCUCGUCAGAGGUCGUAGUGGGAUUUCUUAUAAGUGUCAGGAUUAGUGUCCCUGCUCCUUGAAAGCGGUAGCUCGAUGUGGCAUUGACUGCACGUCGUAAAAGUUGCCCUAAAAUGCAGACCUGGGAUCAGCUCUAGCCUGCACCAAUCUUAACCGGAUCCUUUGACAGGUGAAAAGCAAAACUGAUCUGAGAUCAGGACUUUGAGACAACAGUCUGGGUGAAUGUGCUCAGUUAAACCGGUUUUAUUACUCUGGGUCAAUCCAUUUGCAAUAAGGUGCAGUAGCUUCAGUUUGAGCUCCAGAUUUUGCCUGCAUAAUUACCUGGCUGACAGACUUCUGACAUUUCCUGCGGCAGGGAGGGGUCUGGUCGGGUGACGUCUCGCACAGUGCUUUGAAAGUCCCACCGCCAUCCUUCCCCUUUCAGUUUUCUUCGGGGCCAGUGGCACAGGAGGUUUUGCCGUGGCAACAAGCGAGGAAAGAGGGCCAGGAAAAAGCCGAAACUCGUUCCUGUAGCCAGGUGUUUACGUGUUCUGAAACGGUGCUCCUGUGACUGUCCCUCACCCAACCCUGGGUCUUGUUCAUUAUACACCAAACAGACUGAAGCAGAGGGAAUAUAUGGAUUUAGUCCAAUGAGAAAGGCUUGUUUUAAUUGAGUUUUAAUUUACAACACUAAAGCUGUUUGCUUGUGUUCGCUAAUGAAUAUGGCCCUGGACUAGCACCUGCAACUACUACUGCCAGCCCUGUUCUGUACCAGACUGACCAAUGAUGACAGGGUAAAAUAAACCAUUGAAGGCCAAACAUGGAAUUAAAGUUGGUUAAAAACAUG